AUGGCAGCGACGCGUGCGUGCUUGGUCGCCCUCGUCGUGGCUCUCACGUUUUUCUUCUUGGAGGGCCUGGCGGCAGCGGUGCCGGUGACUCCGGAGAGUACAGCGCAGAGGCGGCGGGAGGUGCGAAGCCUCCUCAGGCGGCUCAAUAAACCUCCUGUCGCAAGCAUUCAGUCGUUGCCCCCCACCCCGCCCCCCAGGCAGACCGCGGAGUCACCACAGGAGCCCGUGGCCGCGCCCUCCCGUGGCCGCGCCCGCGCCCGCCCGUGGCCUGGCCGCUGCUGCUCGCGCCUGCUGCUCGCACUUGGGGAGCAGCCUGAGGAGCUCCCCGUCCAGGAACUCGCCGAGGCAGACGGAGUAGUCAGCGGCGCCGCCCCGCGUUCGGCUCCUGGCCCGCCCGUCCAGGAACUACGCCUCAGGCCCCAGCCACGAUCGCACGGCUGCCCGUGCUUCUUUUUGAAGCCACCCGCGUCGGCAUGCCCCACCUCCGGCCGCUCCGCGCCGCUCCACCUCUGCCCCGGCCACGCCCGCUCCUCCUCCGCCCCGGCCUUGCCUGCUCCGGCCUCGCCAGCCCCAGCCUCGCCCGUCCCGGCCUUGCCUGCUCCGGCCACGGCCGCGCCUCGCCAGCUCCGGCCAGCGCCCGCCCCGGCCUCGCCAGCCCCGGUCACGCACGGCGAGCUCCGGCCUCGCCCGCCCGUAAGCCUAGAUGGAGAUAUCAUAGACUGUGUGCACAUCUCCAAACAACCUGCAUUCAACCAUCCUCUCCUCAAGAACCAUACUAUACAGAUGCAGCCUUCUUACCAUCCAGGAGGCAUGUAUCAUGAAUCCAACAUCGCACCCCAUCACAUCACCCAAACAUGGCAUCAAAAUGGUAAGUGCCCUAAGAACACAAUACCAAUCCGACGGACCAAGGAGGAGGAUGUCUUGAGGGCCAAUUCCAUCAAGACGUAUGGCAAAAAGAUGCCCCAGAGCAUCGCAAACCUCGAUUCAAUCAAUAAACCAGUAAUACCCAAUAUAUCGACGGGGCACCAGCAUGCCAUAGCAUCUGCACAAGUUGAUAACUGCCAUGGAACCAGAGCCAGCUUCAAUUUGUGGAAACCAACAAUUGCCAGGGCUAAUGACUUUAGCUUGACACAACUCUGGAUCACUGGGGGUUCCUAUAGUGGCAACGACCUCAAUACCAUUGAAGCUGGAUGGCAGGUAUACCCAGGUCUAUAUAGGGAUAGAAACACUAGACUCUUCAUCUACUGGACCCGCGAUGCGUAUCAAACAACAGGAUGUUACAACCUACAUUGCUCAGGGUUCAUCCAGACAGACAAUCAGAUCACCCUUGGCGGCAGCAUCUCCCCAACCUCCACCUAUGGAGGCGCACAAUAUGACAUCGACAUUUUAGUUUGGAAGGACAAGGUGGGGGGCAAUUGGUGGCUGCAAGUGGGGGGCUAUUAUGUGGGGUAUUGGCCAUCAUUCAUCUUCACAUACUUGGCGAAUAGUGCCUCCUCUGUCCAGUGGGGUGGUGAGGUAUUUUCACCUGAUGUCGGCCAAACUUCCACACAAAUGGGCAGUGGACACUUCCCCAAUGAAGGGUUCCGUCAGGCUAGUUACAUUAGGAACAUCCAAGUGGUAGAUUCCUCCAACUCUCUCAUACCGCCAAGUGAUGUGGGCUUAAUAGCUCCUCAGAACAACAGUUAUGAUGUGCAAGGUGGUGUCUAUGAAAGCAACUGGGGCACUUACAUCUACUAUGGAGGGCCUGGGAAUUAAUAAC